AUGGCCUCUAUUGGUCAAAUGCAGGCGGAAGGACUUGGGGAUCCACUGUACCCUGAGAAUGGCGAUGGGCCAAACUAUUCGAUCCCCAAAACAUGGCACUCACAGAAGACAAAGCUACGAGUUGCAUGUAUAGGCGCAGGCCCUUCCGGUCUUUGUCUCGCAUACAAGAUGGAGCGUCAGAUGCAGCCGGGAACUUGGGAACUGACUAUAUAUGAAAAGAAUCCGGCCGAAGGAGGGACCUGGUAUGAGAACAAAUAUCCUGGAUGUGCGUGUGAUAUUCCAGCACAUAUCUAUACGUACAGCUGGGACCCGCAGCCAGACUGGUCAACUUUUUACGCCUACUCCCCAGAGAUUUUAGAAUACUUCAAGAAAUUCUCGGACAAACAUGACCUUCAUCACUAUGUACAACUUAACUCGCAGAUCAUAUCAGCGGCCUGGAAUGAUCAAGAGGGCAAAUACAACUUGAUCAUCAGAAACCCUCAGACUGGUGAAGAGAGAGAAGACUGGUCACAUGUUUUGGUUAAUGCAACUGGAAACUUGAACAAAUGGAAAUGGCCUGAAAUUGAGGGUCUGCACGAUUUCGCCGGCCCCAAAAUGCAUUCUGCGACAUGGGAUGAAUCAGUUGACUUCAAAGACAAGACAGUAGCAAUUAUUGGAACUGGGUCUACAGCCAUUCAGAUCGUUCCCAAACUUCAGAAAGUGGCAAAGAAAUUAGAGUUAUUCAUGAGAUCUCCGACCUGGAUCAGUCCUCCGUUUGGAGACGCUGUCUUGAAGGAGGAUGUCAGGGAUGGCAAAGAAGAAGACAUGGCCAACCGACAAUACUAUUUCUCCGAAGAGGAAAAACGAAAAUUCAGAGAGGAUCCAGAAGGCCAUCUAUUUUUACGACAGAAAAUCGAGGCCGAAAUUAAUCUCUUAUUUCCAUUCUACACGAGGGGAACUCCCCUUCAGAAGAAGAUGCAUCAGCAGAUGAGAGCCGAGAUGGAGAAGCGAAUAGGACCGGGACACGAUGAGCUCAAGAAAAACUUGAUCCCGGAAUGGCUACCGGGUUGUCGUCGCAUCACACCUGGUGAUGGUUACCUCGAAAGUUUGGUGAAGAGCAAUGUCAACUGUGUCUUCCAAGGAAUCCAAAAAAUCACCCCAGAUGGUCUGAUUGACGAUGCCGGCGAAUUUCAUCCGGUGGAUAUUCUUGUUUGUGCGACUGGGGUUUGUCACGUCGAUCCCGCCAUCGAAGCACAUGAGUACUGA